AUGUCAAACUUAAGUUUUCCUCAACUUCUUCUGGCACUGCUGCUUUUUGCAAGCGGUUGUGUUUUGGGAUCGGAAAAAUGCAUUUAUUGUCGGGGAAUAAAUUGCCAAAGGAGUAGUUAUGAAGCGGAAGAAGGAUGCUCUGAUCGAUUGGAUGCCUGUGUGAGUGUUUUUCAAGGUGGCAUUAUUCAGGCGCAAGGAUGUCUGGAAAAUCUGGAAGACGAUUGGAGAGAAAAGUGCUUUAAAACUAAUAAAGGAAAUGGUAUAGAUUGCGAGAUCUGUGUGACAGAAAAAUGCAAUAAUUUGGGAUCUAAACUAGCUAGCUGUCUUCAGUGCAACAAUACCGUAGACUCCGAGUGUGCCGAAUCUCCUGGUCUUCUAAAAGCUGUACAAUGUCCUAUUGCCAGAACAGGCAGAAGUUUUUGCUAUGCCAGUUUGGAGGGAGACGUUUUGGAAAGAGGAUGCUCUCUGACCCUUGCAAAUCAAUUAAAUUGCUUAGCGAAUCCAAAUUGCCAUUUAUGUGAUCCCUUAGAGCAAGCCCACUGCAAUGAUAUGAUUGUUAAAGCAGAUGAUUCUCCAACCACUGAACUACCAUCAGAAUCCACAAGUUCAUCCACUGAGUCAACGCCUAAUUCAACAGUUACUACAGAACCAACAUCAAGUUCUUCCACAACUUCUUCAACAAGCUCUUCAUCAAGUUCUUCUACAACUUCUACAACAAGUUCUCCAACAAGUAUUCCAACAAAUUCACCAGAAACUACACAAUCCACCACAGAACCCUCUACAACUGAAGAAAUACCCACCACAACGAACAAACCCAAUUCGGCUUUCGGAUUCCAUGUCUCAUUUUUCCUGAUCUUUGCUCAAUUGGCACUUUUUAUUACAACCCACUUAAGUAAUGAAAACAUAGUUUAAGCUCCGAUUCCCACGACCUUCACCAAACCAAAUCUUUGUAUGAACGAUUAAACGAAUUUUUAUGAUACCACCAUAAA